CGCCCAAUUAGAGCUUGGAAAGCUUCGAUUAUUCCACUGGCAUGUACGCAAACUAGCAGCAGCAACCGGCCAGUUCAUUGCCCUUUUAAGAGACCUGUUGCCGUAAAAUACCUUGGGCAAGCUCCACAUCGAUCCAAUUCCCCUGCAGCACAACGCACUCGCGCCCUACCGCCAUGGCAGAGCCAGGGGGUACGCCUUCAGAUAUGAAGGGUCCUAAGCCACUUACUGUUGUCAUCAAAUUAGGAACUAGUUCCAUUGUUGAUGAGAAGACUCAUGAGCCUCUCUUAUCAAUUUUAACCCUCAUAGUUGAGACAGCUGUUAAGUUGCGCAAAGAUGGACACAAGGUUGUCAUUGUCUCUUCCGGCGCCAUUGGCGUCGGUCUUCGACGAAUGGACGUCGACAAAAGACCAAAGCAUUUGUCUAAAUUACAGGCACUUGCUGCAAUUGGACAAUGCCGCUUAAUGAGCCUAUGGGAUAGUCUCUUUGGACAUCUCCGUCAACCCAUCGCUCAAGUUCUCCUAACCAGAAACGAUAUUGCGGAUCGAACAAGAUAUCUAAAUGCCCAGAACACCAUGAUGGAGCUCCUAGAAAUGGGUGUUAUACCAAUCGUUAAUGAGAACGAUACUUUAGCUGUGGCUGAAAUCAAAUUCGGAGAUAACGAUACACUCUCAGCCAUCACUGCAGCCAUGGUACACGCCCAUUUCCUGUUUUUAAUGACGGAUGUCGAUUGCUUGUACGACAAGAAUCCACGGACACAUCCUGAUGCUCAGCCUAUAGAGGAAGUGGAGGAUAUCAGUGCAAUCCGCGCCGAUGUUUCUAGUGCCGGAUCUUCCCUGGGAACUGGUGGCAUGAGUACAAAGAUUGUUGCCGCUAGGCUCGCAACAUCUGCUGGUGUCACUACCGUUAUCACCCGAUCGUCAUCGCCUGGAAAUAUCGUAAAGAUCGUUCGCUAUGUCCAGGCUCGCAAAAAGCAUACCUCGUCACAUCACUCGCCGACAGCUAGUGAAGAUGAACAUCUAUCCCGAUCAACGGCGUCGCUGAAUAUUGAUGCACUAGAAAAACCCCCUCUGCAUACACGAUUCCUCCCCUUCUCCCAUCCAAUUAGGGAUCGAUACUUCUGGAUUCUUCACGGUCUAGCCCCACACGGUACGAUUUAUAUCGAUGCUGGCGCACACCAGGCCCUUGCAGACAAAGCCGGACUGUUACCGGUAGGCGUGUUGGACAUAGAAGGGCAUUUUGCGCAGCAAGAAGCCGUCCGACUUGUUGUGGUAAAGAGAUUAUCGGAACCCGGACCAGAUGGUAAAUUGUGGGAAGGUCCGGGGAACGAAGUUGGGAGAGCGUUAGUCAACUACGCUGCCCCUGAGAUCAUUCGAAUAAAAGGUCAUCGAAGCGCACAAAUCGGGACGCUUCUAGGCUACGCCGACAGCGAGUAUGUGGCGGAUCGGGAGAGCAUCAGCCUUCUCCAUAGGGAGAGCCGACCCGUUACGCCUGUUUUGGAGAAAUUGAAUGAGAACGGAGGGGUGGCGGCGUAUGAAAAUGACAUCAAUUUAUAGGGAUCAUGAAUGAACGGCGUCGGAGUUAUAGGAAGUACAAAAAUGAUCUUGCUGAACACUCAGCACUUAGAUAAGGCAAAAUUCACUAAUUGGC